GUGUGUGUGUGUGACGCGACGAAGGACGCAGGACGGCAAUCAAUCAUCCCAGGAACAGAGAAACGGUGCCGGAUCUUGGCACUGGAUGUGUAAUCGGGUACCACGAUGGUACCAUGGACGCGUGAAUGAGUCGCUCUACAGACCAAAAAAGUAAAGAUCGAGGUGCCUGUGUAUGUGUGUGUGUGUGUUUGUGCGGUUGCGGAUUGAUGGCAAUGAAUGUCCACAAACCAUGCCUGUCGGUGACAGGUCGCUGGCCAUCGAAGAACCGUCAGUGGAGUGGCAAUCGCUGCCACGUUCGUGUUUGUGGUUUCGGUUCGGGUAAUUAAGAGAGCGGAGUGCGUGCGUCCGUGUGCGUGUGUUCCGUGAUCCGGACAGGCGGCGAAAACGGGGGGACAAGCAAUAUACAUAUCACCUUCAUUCAUCCCUUCCCACCGGAACCGAUGUCAACGCGUCAAAGUGUCCCCAAUCAAGUGUAUCGUCCCGUGCCCAGUAACUCCGGUCUGUGUGUGUGCGCGCAUGUGUACGUGUGUGUGUGUAUUCCUCCCUUGGUGGAAGGAUGGAACGGUUAAAGGAUAAACAACGUUGGUCAGCUUGAUCUCGAUUAAAGGCAGGUUCGGUCUCGGUCUACGUGACUCGUAGAAGCUACAUCCACUACAUGGAUCUGGCCUUUCCGGUGGAUGAGAAGGACGGACGCAUCAUCGUGAAUCAAUCGCCCUAUCCGCUUGACGGCGCACGGCGCCAUUCGACGUCAUCAUCGUUGGACUCGUGGAGGUUCGUUAGCCAUCCGCCGUCCACGUUGCUGCUGCUGCUGCCGGUGGCGGCUACAACACUCGGUCAGCGACGCGCAACCACCGACCCCGACACCACCGACCCUACCACCAGCACCAUCAUUCCGACGCCGUUCGUCGAGCUGCUCCUGGCAAACCAGACGGCCACCGGUGGCCAUGGCUUCGGCCAGGGUUUCACCAGGGGCCUGGGCGAUGCUGGUGAUGGCGGUGGCGGCGGCGGCGCCGCUGCUGUUGCUGCUGCCGCCGCCGCCGGCGCCGCGGCCUCGAUCGGUGCCAGUCUGGGGAGCGGCGACAUCACGCCGCACGGUAGCGGCCCGACGGUAGCGUCGAUCGUGUCGUCGACGCUGGCUAGCGGGGCCACCGUCGCCGUCGCCCACGAUCACGAGCUCGAUCUCGACACGAUCCGCAAGGUGAUCAUCUGCAUCGUGCUGCUGGCUGUGAUAUUCGGUACGAUCGUGGGCAACAUCCUCGUCUGUGUGGCCGUCUGUCUGGUGCGGAAGCUUCGCCGGCCCUGCAACUAUCUGCUCGUCUCGCUGGCCGUUUCCGAUCUGUGCGUCGCCUGUCUCGUCAUGCCACCCGCCCUGCUCUACGAGGUGCUCGGUGAGUGGAACUUUGGUCGCGUCUUCUGUGAUAUCUGGGUAUCGUUCGAUGUCCUUUCCUGUACCGCCUCCAUCCUCAACCUGUGCGCCAUCUCGGUCGACCGGUACUGGGCCAUCACGAAGCCGCUCGAGUACGGCGUCAAGCGGACACCGCGCCGUAUGAUGCUGUGCGUGGCGUUGGUGUGGUUGGCGGCGGCCUGCAUUUCCCUUCCGCCGCUGCUCAUCCUCGGCAAUAAGCACACGAUCGGCGAGGGGGCCGAUCAGCGGCCAUUCUGUGCCGUUUGCGAGGAUGUCGGCUACCAGAUCUACGCGACGCUCGGUUCCUUCUACAUUCCGCUCGCCGUCAUGCUGUUCGUGUACUAUCAGAUCUUUCGGGCGGCCCGGCGAAUAGUGAAGGACGAGAAGCGGGCCCAGACACGGCUCGAGCAUAGUCUGGCGGUCGACAAGACGACACCGGUGAUGGCGGCGACGACGGCGACGACGGCCACCAGCCUGAAACCACCGGAACCGAUCGCACCGACACUGUCGGUACCGUCCGGUGCAUUGACCGUUGCUGCUGCUGGUGCCGGGGCCAUCGGUGGUGGCUCACCGCACCAGAAGAAGCUACGCUUUCAGCUGGCCAAGGAGCGGAAAGCAUCGACGACGCUCGGCAUCAUCAUGUCCGCGUUCACCAUCUGCUGGUUGCCGUUCUUCAUCCUGGCGCUCGUCCGACCACUGAUGGACGACGAUUAUCCGACGCUGUCGUCGUUCUUCCUGUGGCUCGGUUACGCCAACUCGCUGCUCAACCCGAUCAUCUACGCCACGCUCAACCGGGACUUCCGGAAACCGUUCCAGGAGAUCCUGUACUUCCGGUGCUCCAACCUGAACAUACUGAUGCGGGAGGACUUCUACCACAGCCAGUACGGUGAGCCCGGUUCGCAGCGGUUCGUGCUCGAGAACGAGGGUCAGCAUACGGCACGGGAAAGCUUCCUCUAACUCCCUGCCCUGGAUGGCAGGCGAUUUCGAUUCCGAUUUCGAUUCCGAUUCCGAUUGCGACAGCGACUGCGAAUACGAUGAAAGGUGAAAGAGCGAGAAGCUCGCACUUCCAUCGAGUGUGGUUAAAAGGAGGUUAGGUUUCCAUGAGACAUGACUACAGGACUUUAGGGUAUAGAGAAUCGUGGAGGCCGACAAGCGGGGGUAAUUGUUAAAUUAAUAAUUACUUUCACCACCACCUACGGGGUAGCAGUAUGUAGUAAAGCAAAGCACACACCGACACACAAACAGAGGCACACAGGAGGAAGCAAACUAAUGCACAAAAUCGUAUGAUACAAUCAGGCGGCCAGGCGGGCGGCCCCGCCGGUACACAGUACAUUCUUCUACCGAUGUAUACAUAGCCCUAUAUGUAUAUGUACAAUGUAUAUCUAUGCGAUACCCUACUGUACUAGGACUAGCCGCUGUUGUAGGAGAUUCGUGUUUUAAGGCUUGCGCGAGUGGUGCAGCAAACGGUGUCGAUCGAUGUAGAACCGUCUAUCGCAGUAGCGUGUAGUAGUUAGCGAACGCGUUAGCUUGUAAACUGUUAGUAAACACUCCAGGGCUCCAGUGGUGCUUGCCACGGAGUCUGCCGUGGCGGAGAGCGCGCUAAAGGCAUAGAUUGACAGGACUGCAAACCGUUGCGCGUGUGCUGGAACUGGAACUGGAAGACUUGACAUCAAAACUAAACGAUACGAGUAGAGUACGAUAAACGAUUUAAAUCUAUUUUAAUUGUCAAACCGUGCGGCCAGAGGGCACAACCACACAACCACACACACACACUCACACAUUCGUUCGGUGUUCGCGCGAUUUGCCUCUCCUUCCCGAAUUUUUCAUACGGAAUACUCCGGUAUCUAUAAGCGUAGGUAGAAGGUCGGAACCCUAAAGGGCUUUCAGCUGAGACCUGAGUGUUCUUCUGAGUGCUACUACUACGACACCACUAUUUACACACUGGCACCGACCGAUACACACACACACACACACACACACACACACACACACACAUCACAUACAAACUAUCAUACUGUCUUGAAUGUUGUUGAGGAUAAUGAAUGUUGAAUGGUGGCAUGUGAUGACACAUCAGAUUCAGAUUAUUUACACUCCGCUAAGGCGCGAUGAGUUUGGUUUUUCGGACGUUGGUGUUGGUGGUGCGUGGGUUAGUCUAUCGUUUUUUCGUACUGUUGUCGCGUUGCUGUUGUACUUGUUUAUUUUUUAUUCAGUGGCUAUCCUUGCGUCACUCGAUUUUCUACCGACGUUUCCAUUCUACAUCAAAAAAAAAAAAAUCGCAGAUCGUAUUUAUAUACACCGCCUAUACAUAAACACAUAAUAUACAUACAAACAGGGAGGGAACAGCGUACUAGAGAGGUAGAAGCGAGCGAGCGAGCGGGCGAAUGAAUUUAGGAUAACCAGCGGCGGGUUCAAGGUGGGUGAAGCAGGGGAUCUAGAAACUACUCAACUCGGCUCAAGCUACUACAUAGCUGCUACUCGUAUACCUUAGAUGGAGCUUUUUUGGAGUGGAGAGAAGAGAGAAGAGAGAGAGAUAGAGAGAGAGCAAGAGAGAGAGAAAGAGAGAGAGAGAGAAAGAGAAAAAGAGGAAGAGAGAGAGAAAGAGAGAGAGAGAGGAGCAUUGUUGACCGGCCCAAAAAUGGGGAAUGGGGGUCCUAAGCUAGGAGUCACGCAAUACCGGGUCACGGUACGGUCGACCCGUUCGGUGUCGUUCGAUUCGGUGCGGAAAUGUAGACGGAAAUUAAAAACUGAAACUCUUCUUGGGUGAACGAGAGAAGAAGAACGUUUGUUUCGCGUUCGUCACGCUGAACGGCCACGUUAUGCCGGUUGGCCUAAUCAAAUUCGGUGUGUGUCAGGUCGUGUGCGUAGGUGUGCGUGUGUGUGUGUUCGGAAAACAAAAGUCUGGUUGAUUUUAUAAAUGAUACUACUAUUGAUUGGCGCUCCUGGUUUUGCUGACGGCACGACUCGAGCCAGCGAAGAGCAUUAGAAUCUAAAAUAUCACGCCAGCAGGAGCUCCACUUGUCUCUCUUUCUCUCUCUUUCUCUCUCUCUCUCUGUCGUUCUGUCAUCGUGAAUGCUCCGGAACGCUCCGGAACGCUAUUUCUUACCCCUGCGAACACGAGAGGACCCGUAGUAGGGGGCCCCUCCUCGCCGUCUCACGGUUAAAAAGGGCAAAUAAUUAAAAAUGGAA